AUGUGCUUUAAGUGUAAAAUUGUUUAUCAUUAUAACUGUGCAAAGGUGGACUCAAAACAAGAGAUAUGGAAAUGUGAUAAUUGCGUAAAAGUGGGCAUUAUAGACAGCAAGGAAGAAAUAAUUUCCGUGUUGUUAGAAGAACUGCAAAGACUGAAAGCUGAAAAUGUCACAUUGUCUGCCAGAAGUCAACAGAACAAAAGUGAAUCCCAAGACGAGAGCACAAAUUGUCACCAGCCCAAGAAGAUACCAAAACAUCUCGUUUCUCAGCAGUUAUAUCAUCUGAAUACAAGCAACUGUUUUAGUGCCUUAAGUGAUAAAAUUGAUGAAACAGAGAAAUCUACUCAGGUGGUAGGACGAGACAAUGUUCCAAAAAAAUCGACAAAAAGACCAAUUGAGAGUCAGCCAACGAAUAAGAUUUUAUUACUAUCGGACAGUCAUGGGCGAAACUGUGCAUCAUUGCUAAAUGAAUUUUUGAAACCCAAGUACUACACAUCAUCUGUUGUUAAACCAAAUGCAUGCCUCAGUGGUGUAGUUGAAGGGGCAUCAGAUCUUACUAGUGAUUUCAAUUUGGACGAUGCAGUUAUUAUCCUUGCAGGAAUAAAUGACAUUCGUAAGAAAAACAACUUUAUUCCAGACUUAGAAAAGUUGACUGCAGCACUUGAUCAUACAAAGCUAUUGUUAUGUACCGUUCCCUACUGUUAUGACAAGCCAGAAGUCAACGAAACAGUGUACAGAUUUAAUGAAUAUAUAAUGAAUUUGUCAUCUAAUUUUGUUAAUGUGAAAGUAAUUGAUGUCAAUUUAUUCUUGCAAAGGCCUGAUUACACUAAUCAUGGACUACACCUGAACAAAACAGGAAAGCUCAGACUGUGCAGGAACAUUGCUUCAUCAGUAUCAAACCCAUGGAAACGGUGUGAUGUAGUAAAAACACUUACAACCAGCUCUGCAAGAAAGGUCAGAUUUUGUACCGGUACUGUAGAAACCAAUUCAUGCCAAGAUAGACAGGGAACCAAUGUGAAUACAAGAAACAGAUGUAUAGCUGUGUCUCACCCUGUCACUGCCAAUGACAUAUUAAUACCAUAUGAUGAAGUUCCACCCAAAGAACCUCAAGGACUGGAAAAUAAUUCCGAUGCAGUAUCUCCAAGGAUAAAAGGUAAUCCCCGAUUUUCUACGAGAGAAAGAAGAAUUCCAAAAAGAAACAGUGAUUUUUUAUGGCCAGCACCCACCAGACCUCGCCAACGACAUCUAGUGAACAAAUCUCCAGCUGCGACAUAGGUCUUAAUGUAUCCAACACAGUUUUGAGUGCAACGGGGACUAACGGUGUUAAUGGACAAGCAGACCAGCAGAAGGACAGUAGAGGGGACAUGGACACUGUUGACCGUCCUCAUGUUUUAUGCCUUACUGAGCAUCAUGUAACAGUUGGAAUUGAU